ACCUCCCACCUAGGUCAGUGAACGCAGCACAGAGCACAGGAGGAUGUGAACGGUGUGCGUUAGCUUUAACUCCGCUAAGCUACUAAAGUUCUUUCCUUAAGAUCAAUUCAACGAAUAGCUCACCGUAUUUAUCGUCAAUUAAAACGUAUCAACAGUCGAACGGUAUGCUUGUAACUGAGGUUAGAUUUGGACGGUGUUUUGCUACUGAAAUAAGUGAGGAAAGCUGUUGCUGUUUCGGCCUGCUACACGGAUAGCCUAGCUAAAACUAGCUGUAGCCUCCCCUGGAUCUUGGAGCUACUCUGACAUUCCCCACGAAAAUAGAAAGAGAAAUGGCACACCUUUCCAGCUAACUCGGGUGGACUUCCCUCUGUUAAGGAAGGUGGUGUUUGGUUCUUCAGCGAUGAGACGAUCCUCUCGGUUAUAAAAGUGUUAUGAAAUGGAGCUUUACUGGUAUAUAGUUGUGAUAAUAUUCAUCAUCAUAAAGAUCUUCUUCUAUGUGUGCUGGUACCGUUCAAGACAAAGGCAGCUGGCAGCAUACUUGAGCAACACACGCAAUGCACAGAUAGUCAUCGUCGGAGGAAGGGCUUACCUUCAUCAGAUGUGUGAGAGGCAGAAUCAAACCUCUGUAUGGCCCGGCUGGUAUGGAGUCCAGGAUGACCUUUCAGUUGAGGAACCCUCAUCUGCUUUGCCACCGACUGCCUCCUUCUCCCACCUGGAAAUGCCCCCACCUUAUGAGGCCGUCUCUGGAGAGGAUGACCUGAAGCCACCUCCUUACAGCGAAUGCGCCCGGAGCGAUGAGACUGGCCCCACUCCUCUCCUCUCCUCCCACAAUACUCCUCUCAUUUCAGAGGGAGGAAAUUCCAUUCGUAACAGCGAAGCUCCUCCCCCAUACACACUGACUCCUCCUACAGUGGUCAACCCACAAGGCAGUCCUGUAAGCCAGAGUGAGCCUCUGCCUGAAAGCAGGGCUGCUUAAACAACCCCUUACUCAAGUUUGCCUCCCCCCCCCAUGCACUGCCUUCCUACAUCCAAUCUCAGUGAUUGUUGCAAGCCUUACUCUCACAUCAAGAGAGCAAAUGUUUAUUUGGGUGGUUGUGUGCCUGUGUAUGUAUGUGUGUGAAUUUGCUUUUCUACAUGUAUUUAAAAUUGGUCAUCUGAGUUAGACAAUAACAGAUGACUGCAGCAAGCCUUUGUGCCUCGGUCAGGACCGCAGGACCUGCCUCCCAGCAAGGAUUAACAAUAGAAAGAGGGACUUUUAAACUGUGUGCUCUUUUAUAUGUUUUUCUGUAUGUGUAAAAUAUCUGCAGAAUUGAAUCAUUUUUAUUCCCACUGCAUGUCAGGAAAAGGCAGUUUGUACAGCAGAAGGGUCCAAAGACAGUCAAGGGCAUGUGUACUGCAUGCUUCAGUUCAAGGUUGCUUUAUCCCGAAGGUCCGAUGUCCUGCAUCUUUUAGAGGCAUCUGCACUUCCACACCUGAAUUGAAUGGCUAAAUUACCUUCUAAAUAAUGCAGUCAACUUCUCCAGAAUCAUGCUAAUAGCCUGAUUUGACUUGGGUGUGUUGAAGCAGAUGUGCAUCUAAAAUGUGCAGGAAACUAAAUCUGAAUGACCAGAAUUGGGGAAACCAGCUUUAGAUGUUUCCCUUUUUGAACACAUCUGCUGGAUCAGGGUUUGUUAUCCUUUCAUGUUUUGGAUACCUCCACUCAAGCACACCUGAUUUAAAUGAUUCCAUUACCUCCUCUGCAGCCAUCCGAUGCUGCAAUAGCCUGUUAAUCGUCCUUUCCUUCAGGCCAGGUGUGUAGAGGUAGGGAAACGCCUACAACAUGUAGGACAGUUGGCCCUGAAGACCAGGGUUAAAAAACCCUUAUUUGGAUGAUUGGUUUUCAGCAGAAAUGUGUUUAUCGUCGAUGGAAAGCAGGGGCACAUCUAGAACAUGCAAGACAAUGGCUGGAGCUGGGCAUGCGUGCUCAAUAGCAAUUCAGCACCAGAUGGAUACAAAAUUUCUUGUUUAGACAAUCUAAAACAUCUUGAGCUACGUUGUGCACAUUCAUAAGAAAUUGUCAGCUGUCUACUCAGUGCGACACUAGUUCAGUAGAGAAAUCUAUAAGCACUAGCAUAUAUGAUUUGGUUGUAAAUUAUACUGACACACACUUAAACUGAAUGGGACUGAGCAGAUGAGGAAAGAAAGAUGUUGAAACCCUUAAUUUCAGUAGAUAAGAGGUUCUUCCAAUUGUAACCAUCACUACUGAACUUUUUUUGCUUCUGUAUUCCAAAAACUAAACCUUGAGACAUAACAGUGGUUAAGAAAUCUAUCUACUUAGUGUAAAAGAGUUUAAAAAGCUACUUGUAUAGUCAUCAACUGAAUUAUUUUUUACAUAACAGUCUUUUAAAAACCGAAAUAACUAAAUGAAAGAUAAACAUGUUCUCUGUAGCCUUUCUGUUUUAACGCAGGCAGGUAUGUUCCAGUAUGUUCCUGUGAGCUAUUAUUUUGGGAACAUAUUUUCUGCCAUUUUUAAGGAGAUUGCAUUUCAUAAAGCUACAUUUUGAUAUAAUCAUAGAUAACCCUUUUCCUUUGUUCGGUAGUGCUGUAUUAUGUGGCCAGGCCGUGAUUCUUUGUAGCAGCAGAGCAAGAAAUUACACCCAAAAUUAGCUUGUAAGUGUAGCCUUUAGUGAGCAUCUGUUAAAAUUGUUGGAAGACACAACACUGUGAAGGUUUUCUUCUAAGACAGUCAAAACCUGUGACGAUGCAACUUGCUAAUGUUUCUUGAAAAUGUAAAGAAAUAAAACAGAAAGCUCUGUGUUAGAGUGGAGGUUGUUGUAAACAGGGUGACAUUGUCUGAAAUCAGCCAGGAAAGGAAAUACAGAUUACAAUUGAGUUGUAACCAGAGACCGGCCUAAAAAAAAAAUCCAAUUUGACAGCUGGAUUUAUUAAACGUUUUCUGGUUGAAUAAUAAAAAAUAAAAAAAAUCGUAUAUAUAAAUGUUUUUCAGUUUUGACACCUUACAUGGUGUUUUAUCAAUCGAGCUAAAUACACAUCCUCUAUUCCUGGCUGCUUUACCACCUUAUCUCUGCUUACCCUGAUUUAACAUUAACAAGAAUAGAUGCUGUAUUUCAAUGUUGGGAUCAUGUAUAAAACUGAGUUUUUUUAUGUGCUAUGUCUUGACAUUGCAGUGAUAAAAUUGUGCCCCUUAUGCAUUUGUCAUUGUUUUUCCCAUCUGAUGUAUGCAAAGGUAUAGUUGAAUGUAUGUCUAAACCUGUUCGAUAUCACUAACCUGCAAGCAGCAGCAUGAUAAACAGUCCUAACCGGCUACAAUCAAUACGGUCUUGUAAUAUUAUGUAUGUACUGUUCGUUCACUUCAUGUUCAUUCCCUAUGGUUGUUGGAAACAUGGUUAUUUCCAUUAAUUCUAGGUGUGGAAAGGCAAAAAAUAUAUAUUUUUUUGUCCUGAAUCUGGAAAUAAAUCUUGUUUAAAAAGUG